AUGCAUCCCUCUUCCCUUGCCCUUAUCCAGGCAGGUCGUUGUGGGAGUGGAGUGCAGGCAGCUGGAGAUGGUGAACUGAGUUUAAGUAGAUCAAUGAUCAAUAGCUCUGAUAAGAUAAUUCGAAAGGGUGGCUCCUCAAUCUUCCAGCAUGGUGUAGAAGGUUGGAAAAUCAAUUCUUCUUUGGCACUGGAAAUAAGAAAGAACAUUCUUCGAUUCUUGGAUGCUGAAAGAGAUGUCUCAGUGGUCAAAAGCAGCUUCAAGCCGGGAGAUGUAAUCCAUUAUGUACUGGACAGACGCCGCACCCUAAACAUUUCUCAGGAUUUGCACAGCCUUCUCCCCGAAGUUUCCCCAAUGAAGAAUCGCCGAUUUAAAACCUGUGCAGUUGUUGGGAAUUCUGGCAUCCUCCUGGACAGUGGAUGUGGAAAAGAGAUUGAUAGCCAUGACUUUGUAAUAAGGUGCAAUCUAGCUCCUGUGGUGGAGUUUGCUGCCGAUGUGGGAACUAAAUCUGAUUUUAUUACCAUGAACCCAUCAGUUGUACAAAGAGCAUUUGGAGGCUUUCGGAAUGAGAGUGACAGAGAAAAAUUUGUGCAUAGACUAUCCAUGCUGAAUGACAGUGUCCUUUGGAUCCCUGCUUUCAUGGUCAAAGGCGGAGAGAAGCAUGUGGAGUGGGUUAAUGCAUUAAUCCUUAAGAAUAAAUUGAAAGUGCGAACCGCCUAUCCAUCACUGAGACUUAUUCAUGCUGUCAGAGGCUAUUGGCUGACAAACAAGGUCCACAUUAAACGACCCAGCACUGGUCUCCUCAUGUAUACGCUCGCCACCAGAUUUUGUGAUGAAAUUCACCUGUAUGGAUUUUGGCCAUUCCCGAAGGAUUUACAUGGAAAACCAGUCAAGUAUCAUUACUAUGAUGAUCUGAAGUAUCGGUACUUUUCUAAUGCCAGUCCUCAUAGGAUGCCGUUAGAGUUUAAAACACUGUAUGUAUUACAUAACAGAGGAGCACUUAAAUUAACAACAGGGAAAUGCGUACAGCAAUAAAGCACAUGUAAAGUACAAAAAGAAGUACAGAUGACACACUUCAUCGUAAAGAUGUUGUGGAAUGGCAAUGGGAUCCCAAUGAGGAUAUAUUUCAAUACCCACUAAGCCAUCAGAAAAAGGAAUUUUAUCAGAAGUACAUAACCAGCUAUUAUACCUGUAAAGUGCUAUAUAACUAAGCUAUCUUGACUGCAAGGGUUCAAGUAAGUGCCACUUUCACUAAGAACAAAGCUUGAAUGUAUACUCAGUAGUGUUUACAGGAUCCAGUGACACAUUCAUCAUGAGUUAAAGAAGAAAAAUAUAGCCUGCUUACUGCUGACUUGCCACUGUGGUCAGACAGCCCACACAAGAAAUCCCCAGUGGAUGGAAUAUUUUCUUGAGCAAGCAAACCAGGCUUUGGCAGAAAAGACCAUGCUGGAAUUGAGUAGAGAAAGUGAAGUCCUUAAGAUCAAGCAAAUCAGUAAAUGCCUUCAGUCA